AUGAGGAUGGCCACCAGGAUCCAAGAGGUCAAGGUCAACCAGCACCUCUUGGUGCCCCUGAAGGAGACCGACCCCAGCCCACAGCAGGGGUGGCAGGAGGAGCAGGACCAGAUCAAAGCCCUCAACAAUAAAUUGGCCUCCUUCACCAACAAGGUGCAGUUCCUGGAGCAACAAAACAAAGUUCUGGAGACCAAAUGGAGCCUCUUGAAAGGCCAGAAAGUUGUGCAGAAUAACCUGGAACUCAUGUUUGAGCUGUACAUCAGCAACACGAGGUGGCAGCUGGAGGCUCGGAGGGAGAGGCUGCAGCUCAGCUCCGAGCUCGAGGAUCUGCAGGACUUCAGGCUCUCCCAGAUGCAGACCCAGAUCUCCAACACCUUGGUGGUGCUGUCCAUGGACAACAACCAGAGCCUGGAGCUGGACAGCAUCAUCACCGAGGCCAAGGACAUCUCCAACCGGAGCUGGGUACCAGAGGAAGAGCAGCACAGGGACAUCCCUGAUCCAGAGCAGCACCAUGGGGACAUCGCUGAUCCAGAGCACCAUGGGGACAUUGCUGAUCCAGAGCACCAUGGGGACAUCACUGAUCCAGAGCAGCAUGGGGACAUGACUGAUCCAGAGCACCUUGGGGACAUCGCUGAUCCAGAGCACCAUGGGGACAUCGCUGAUCCAGAGCAGCACCAUGGGGACAUCACUGAUCCAGAGCACCAUGGGGACAUCACUGAUCCAGAGCACCAUGGGGACAUCACUGAUCCAGAGCACCAUGGGGACAUCACCAAUCCAGAGCAGCACCAUGGGGACAUCACCCUCAAGGACACCAGGGCCAAGCUGGAGGAGCUGGAGGUUGCUCUGCAGAAAGCCAAGGCUGACAUGGCCUGGCAGCUCCAGGAGUACCAGGAGCUCAUGAACAUCAGGCUGGCCCUGGACAUGCAGAUCAUGACCCACAGGAAGCUGCUGGAGGGCGAGGAGAACAGGCUGACUGGAGAAGGUGUUGGUGCCAUGAAUAUUUAUAAGUAA